CAUAUAACUAGGAAGAACCCCGUAAACAUUGAGCCAGUAAGGAGGCAGAAAAUAUUUUGGCUUAGCCUAAAAUGCUUACAUUUAGCUUGACCGUUGUUCGACAUGGGGAGACGCAAUACAACAAGGAGAAGUUGCUGCAAGGUCAGGGGGUGGACACUUCUCUGUCGGAGCCGGGGCUCCAGCAGGCAGAGGCUGCAGGACUGUACCUCAGAGAGCUCAGGUUCUCCAAUGUGUUUGUCAGUAACCUGCAGCGCGCCAGACAGACUGCAGAAAUCAUAAUGAGGAACAAUGUUCACUCCUCGGGCAUUGAAAUGGUCUUUGACCCGUUACUCAGAGAGAGGAGUUUUGGGAUCGCAGAAGGACGGCCCAAGGAGGAUCUGAAGAACAUGGCUAACGCAGCCGGCCAGUCGUGUCGAGACUAUACUCCUCCUGGAGGGGAAACCUUGGAACAGGUAAGGCUGCGAUGCAAGAAGUUUCUAAAGUCCCUUUACCAGCGCAUGGUUGACGACCACGGCUGCUCAGGACAGAGUUCUACUGCUGUAGGGAGAGGGGCCGGUGCAGCAGAGUCUGGCACAGAUGGGCCCCUACCUGGUCUGCCUGACGACGGGAUGGAGGGUGUCCCUCUCCAUGCCCUGGUGGUGAGCCACGGGGCCUACAUCCGUGUGGCUGUGAGACAUUUUGUGGAGGACCUGCAGUGCUCUCUGCCCCAGGGCCUGAAGAUGUCCAAGGUGUUGUCAGCCUGCCCCAAUACAGGCAUCAGCCGCUUUGUCCUCAUCGUUUCUCCCACAGAGUCUGGCCUGGCACUCUCUGCUGUCCGCUGUGUUUUCACCAACAGGAAGGACCACCUGACCUCCCGUAACAUAUGUUACAUCACACAUUAAAGAUGGACAAGGCAACACAAAAGGUUUAGUCACUACUCUGUUCUGUUUAAAUGUUAUUUACUGUAGCUAACAAACCACUGAAAGCAAAGAAUAUCUGGCACAGUAACCUGUCUAAUAUUGAUGAUAUGAGUUGGGGGGGAGAUUUUACUAGGGUCAUUGAGGAACCCUAAUCACCAAUUUAUUCAUUUUUUAAAUUUUAUACACGGUAAAUAAAUUAAGCAUUUUUGCACAGUUUAUAUCUUCGCCUGUUUUAAAGCUUGUUAUGUAACCAUGGUGACCUAGGCUCUUUUAUGCAUAUGUAUAGGAAGUGCCCCAAAGUGGAUAGAGUUUGAAGAACGCUAUUUUAUCUACCUUAUCUGAUGUUCUUGGUGUCACUAUACCAGUCCUUAAGGAUGACUCCUCACACACAGUCACUCCAACAAUGACGUGUAAUGCUGACAGGUUUAACAGCAGAAAAGAUGCAUGGCGCUGCAAUGGCAAUUACACACAAAUGUACUACCUCAGUAGUUCUUUUGAUUGUUCGAUUGUGUAUUUAUUUGGCUAGAGAUCGGGUGGGUUGGCUUGAUAGGUCGGAUGGUGCAGCUUGAAUCAGUCUGAAGUUGGGUCCAUAUCCCUGUAGUGAUAUCAUGUAUCUAUUUUAAAUUCUUUGCUCCUUUGUCAUUGAGGUUUGUCUGUUUUUCCCGUUCUAUUAACAAAUGUAAUCAGAACUUGAUCACAGACAAGUACACUGAGAAGUAGAGGACACACAGUAUUAUGGGAAUACAGGGUAAAUGUUUUGCUCUCAAUGGACCCUUUUUACAGUAGAUCAUUGCUCAGUGCAAAUUCUGCAGGAUGUCUGUAUAUCCUGUGUGUCGAUUUUUCCCGGUCUUCCAAUAUUUAUCCAUGGAAUGUUCUAUGGAAACUUAACACUUCCUGUGUCAUAGUCCAAUGAAAUGAGGACUUGUUUGGAAUGUUUUAGUAUGGAUAAUGUAAUGGUUUGUUUCCACUAAGUCGAUCAUGUUGAAGAUUUAGUUGUCAUAUUACACGGAAGGCAGAAGUGUGAGGAAUGUCAUCUUUUAAAGCCUUUACAAUUCAACAUGGAGUUAUCACUUAUUGUGGUCCUUGUCCAUUAUGAGAUCAAUUAUACACUGCAAAAAGUACAGCGUUACAGUAUUGUAUUGAUUAAUAACAACCCAAAAAAGGCUUCAAUAUUGGUGUCUAACAUGUUCAAUGGUUAUGUAUUUCAAGUGUCCAAAGUGGUCACAAGCUUCCUCUGAUCUUGCUCAAAUGUAAUUGUCACUAAAGGUUGCAUAAGAGGCAAUAGCAUGUGCAAGUCUUGUAGUUUCUUUAUGCAAAGCAGGAUUUGAACCCGUGGACGUUUGCAGGUUGGGAAAUAUCAGGUUUAAUCACCCGAGGGGCCACGUCCUAGUUACAGGCUUUCUCACGUUUAAAACCUGAUAGAAAUCACUGUUUCAGUGCUCAGGCUGAGCAUGACCGGUCAAAGAACUGGGGCAAUUGAAAAUUAUGCGACAGCUACCGACCUGUGUCUAGAUUGUUCCAGAGACAACCAUGAGUAAUGUUCCGAAGGCACCAGUGGCAGCAUAAACAUCUGUACUAAAUCUGAUCCUUCAACAUGAAUGGGUGGGUUUGCUUAACUUAUUACAGCUCUUCUUUUGAAAGAAUAUUGCAAUGUGUGAAUAAACUGCCUAAAAAAUAUUGAAAAAUAUCUACACCAUAUCAAUCUAAUAAAUGUGCCUUCACUCAUGACCGCCACAGAUUGUUAAGGCUCCUCUCAGAUGUGACAGCCAGGUCAAUGUGGUUUAACCUCAAAGUGAAACAGGACAAAGAUUAGCGGGCACUGUGUUCCUUUGACUAAAAUACCUCAAACAUGUUACUUCGAGUGAAACAAAAAUAGAAUGUGGAAAUGAUGGUUUGGCAGAAACUAAGAUAUGCCAAUUUUCUCCAUAAUGAGAUGCGGAAGCGUGAGACACGCAACCUUAAUGACUGGAAGCUCGAAGUGAAUGAGUCAAUGGUCAACCUGCUUAUGCACUUAAUGUGACACAGAGCUUCCUCACACAUUUAGCCUGUACUUAUAUGAUUGGCUCAUACAUAGAAUUCUAGGAUGAAGUGGCUGUGAGUAUGCAGUUCUUCAUCCUGAAGUUCUAAAAUAUUGAUCUAAAAUACAAUAUAAAGUCAGUCUUCACCAACAUAAUACAUUUUUUAAAGAUAAAUGUCACUGGCCCUUACACACACAGCCUCAUAACUUACAGGUUUUCAGAAUUUCUCUUUAACAGCUAAGCAUCCAUAUAAAUAGUAUACUAUCAAUUACAAUAAAUGAAUGGAUUUAAAUCAAUAAAUACUUUCAACUUUCUUGGAA